AAACUUUUUAUUUAUAUUGUUAUAAAAAUCAAAAAAUGCACGAAGUUAUUGUUUUAUUUGAUGGUUACUCCAAACAAUUGGAAUCGAGUGGCAAAACAGACGCCAAUUGCUCUUGUACUUUGGUAAAAGGACCGGUCAAUGUGAUUGUUGACACUAUGACUGCUUGGGAUCGUGACAGGAUUCUUAGUGCUUUAGCAGAACAUAAGGUCAAACCAGAUGAUAUAAACUAUGUCAUCUGUACGCACAGUCAUCCUGAUCAUAUAGGAAAUAAUAAUUUAUUUACAAAUGCCGUACAUAUUGUUGGUUGUUGCAUCCAUAAAGAAACUAUAUUUGAUGAAUUAUCCAUAAAAAAUUUAGGCGAAUAUCAUAUUCAUGAUGAUAUAAAAAUAAUUGCAACCCCUGGACACACAUUAGAGGAUGUCACUGUAGUAGUAAUCAGUAUCAUAAACAACCACAAGGCUGUGAUUGCGAUUACAGGAGAUUUAUUUGAAAACGAGAAUGAUAUUGACAAUCCAGCCAUUUGGAAAUUAUUGGGAAUUACACAACUGGAAGAGGAACAAGCUAAAAAUCGACUUCGAGUGAUAUUGAUGGCAGAUUAUAUAAUUCCAGGUCAUGGAUCUAUGUUUGAAGUAACUGAUAAAAUGAGAGAGACAAUAAAAUCUCAAGUACAAGGAUAAUUGGUAGUUUGGUAAAAUGGCUACCGAUUCCGGCCUAAACGUACUACAGAAUAUAAUGGCAGAAUUGAACAAUCUUCAAUAAAAUGUAUACAUUAUGUAUAUACACA